AUGAACAGAGAGGUGUCGAGCAACACGCAUGACAACAGAAACCUCCCCUAAAACUAUUUAUCCUGAGAACAAACCGUGACAGGAUUUCGCUGGUCGGCCUGAAAAGCUUUUAAGUUCUCCUGAAAUAACCAGAAAGGGGAAGAAAAACGUGCUCGUGGAAGAGAAAGACAUUUUGAAAUGUUCUUCUUCUGUGUGAGGAGGAUUUUUUUUCUUUUGGUGAGAAUGUGAAGAAGCGGACACAGGGACCGGCGGCAGCGUCGAACAAGUUCGUUUAUGGGAGAACACAAAAACACACACAAGAGGAGCAGAGAAUAAGUUGUAUUUGUGCACAGGGAGCCGUAACUUGCUGUGUGUUUUUGUGUGUGCGUUUCGAGUGUCAGACACACAGACAGAAGAAUCAUCCUCGGGUGAUUGCUGUUUCUGUCUGGCUGUAAUAUCACUCAGAGCAAUAAAAGUGUCCCGGAGAAGCCUUGGAGGAGACGGGACGCUGCUGAGUGGUGGGCUCAGCUUUUCUAGCAGUGUGGAGCUACUGCUGCUGACUGAAUGCAGAGCAAACAUUGAAGGCUGUUCUCCGGACCUCCCUGAAGCUUCAGGGGAGAUUGUCAGAUGUGGACCCAGCGCUCAAAGCCCCUGGCCUGGCUGCGGGGAUGGCAGCCUCUGCCCUGAACCUGAACGGCCUUGGAGUCAUGAACAGCAGUAAUCAGUUUCACACCCAGCCAGGCUCCUCUAGUACCACCUCACGAGCUAGAACCAGCCCAGUCGCCCGACCUGUGCUGCCGGUUCCAGAUCGGAGCACCUACUGCCAGUUACUGGGUGGAGGUCUUCUUAGCCCAACCAGCCCUAAGACAAGUCCCCGAGCCCUUGGUCAAACCUUUGUCUUCCCCCCUUCAUCCUCGCUCUGCCCCAGCCCCACCCCUCGUGCUCGCUCCCCCUCCCCACGAAGCCCGGAGCUUCUAGGAGUCAAUGUGGGGCAGCGGGUUCGACGCCUGAGCUCGCCCGGCGGUGAAGAGAGAGGGGAAGGAGACGGGCAGGAGGAAAGGGGGGGAGAGACGGGAGGGGGAGAGAAGCGAGAGGAGAGGAGACGCCAGGCACAGCUGCUGCAAAUUCACAGAGAGCUGCAGAACGUUGAGGUCAAGGGAAAAGUUGGCAUGUUUGAGGCCCACAUAUCGGGGAGUCGUGCCCAGGUUCUUAACAGCGAGCUCCAGCGCAGCCCUCGAUCUCCAAGACGAUCAACUAGCCAAGCCCCUUCCCAACCCAGCCAAGGAAACACACCGCUUAAAUGCCCAAUGACCCAUCCACAAGAGAGUCAUGCAGCCUCUGUUGUCCAAAAUGGUAGAGAAAGGGGGGAAGAAAUAACGACAGGAGAAAGGAGAGAGGGAGGAAGGAUGGAAGGCGAGAAGGACAGUAGUGCUAGUAAAAUGAACACAGAGAAUAACACACUGAUUGGUCAAAAUGGCCGCCAUUCAGAAACAACAAUGCAAACUCCCUGUUCAGAAGGACCGUUGGUUGUUCAGGCAUUAAACCCUGAUGCAAACACAGACAGAGAGAAAAAAGAGGGAGAAAGACUGAGAGACGAGGAGGGAGAAAAAGACAGAAGGGAGGUAGAAAACAAACAAAUGCUGGAAGAUGAAAGAGAACGGACAGAGGGAGCGGUGAGAGAUGAGAAAGAUGACUGGAUGUAUCCUGGGAUGCUGCUCCAGACAGAGGCAAACAGGUUGGAGGCUAACCCACAACCCGAUGCUCCGUGUCAGGCACAAAGCAGUGAGAGUGCCCCUUGUUUGCUGGACAUCACAGAUCAAACCUCCAACCACUCUGCUUCCAUCCCUCCCUCCAUCCCUGCAGUGAUAAUAACUGACCACGGUUUGGAAGGCCAGCCUCAAACUUCUGAUGGCUCAGACCAGGGAUUAUCCCGCACCCCUAGCCCCAGUUCUAGCCCUGUCCCUGGGCCAUACUCAUCCACGCGCUCCCUCAGAAAGCUGUCGUCCUCCUCUGCCUCCUCGGCAGGGUUCUCCUCUUCUUGGGAAGAGUCGGAGGAAGAUAUUUCCAGUGAUACUGAGAAAGGGGAGCACCUUCUCAACCCUGCACUCCUCAGUUCUCAACAGAAAGCACACAAGUCUUGGAAGAAGAUUAAGAACAUGGUUCACUGGUCUCCAUUUGUUAUGUCCUUCAAGAAGAAAUAUCCCUGGAUACAACUGGCUGGGCACGCAGGGAGCUUCAAGGCGGGAGCCAACGGCCGCAUUUUAAAAAAACACUGUGAAUGUGAGCAGCGCUGCUUGUCCCUUCUGAUGCGGGACGUGCUGCGCCCCUACGUCCCUGGUUACCAUGGAGACGUAGAGAAGGAUGGCCAGAAAUACAACCAGAUGGAGGAUCUGCUGGCGGAGUUUGACUUUCCAUGUGUUAUGGACUGUAAGAUGGGAGUGAGGACUUACCUUGAAGAAGAGCUGACCAAGGCUCGUAAGAAGCCCUCUCCAAGACCCGACAUGUAUCAGAAAAUGAUUGAGGUUGAUCCCAAGGCGCCUACAUCAGAGGAAAACGACCAGAAAGCGGUGACUAAACCCAGAUACAUGCAGUGGAGAGAGACCAUUAGCUCAACAGCCACCCUGGGAUUUAGAAUAGAGGGAGUCAAGAAGGAGGACGGGACAGUGAACAGAGAUUUUAAGAAGACAAAGACGAGAGAGCAAGUUACUGCUGCGUUUCACGACUUUGUCAAAGGAAAUAAGGACAUACUGAACUGCUAUUUAACCAGGCUGAAGGAAAUCAGAGACAUCCUGGAGAUCUCCCCAUUCUUCAAAACCCAUGAGGUGAUCGGCAGCUCCUUGUUAUUUGUUCAUGACAGUAAGGGACGGGCCAAAGUCUGGAUGAUUGACUUUGGGAAAACCACGCCUCUUCCCGAAGGGGAGGUACUAACCCACCGAGCAUCGUGGAUGGAGGGGAACAGAGAAGAUGGCUACCUUUUUGGACUUGAUAGUUUGGUGGACAUCAUUUCAUCCAUGGUGAACUCGGAGACUUGAAGUCUGGGGAGUUUCUUUUUUUAAAGUGAACCUUUGGACUCACAACAACGACUUCCACUCAUUCUUCCUUUCUCUAGGGAACACUUUGGACUUCCUCAAGGACUCUUUCACAGACAUUUGUCCUCAUAUUGGUAACCACAUCAUCCCAUUACAAUGCGUCAUGAGUCAUUGAUGGGUGCAGUCUCUUUAUUCAUAAUCAAUGGAGAGUCAAGAUCUACUUCUUCCACAUUCAUAGACUUCUUAUGUUGUCCUUAACCCCUCAAGGUUCACUAAGUAUCGCGGUAAUCCAUGAGCCAGCAUGCAUAGUAUCAUUAAUGUUAUUAGUUCCACCUGUGCUUCUUCUUUUAUGACAGAAAUGUAUUCAUUGUACCUGUAAGACAACAUUUUUAAUAAGAAGUUAUCAAUUUAAAAGCAGAAAAUUUAGACUGUUUUAUCCAAAUCAAAAGAUUGAACUAUUCUAUAUUUUUGUUAUUGUGAACAAAUUCCAUGAAUUUCCUAAAACAGCUGGACCAAAACUACUCAACCAGUAGUUAUUGGGAACUAUUUUCAGCUGUGAAUUUGGUCCUGUAAUGAGUAUUUAUGGCAGCAGAACAAUGCGUAUGAGAUCAGCCAUGUUCAUCAUAAUGAAGAACCAUAUCUCAAAAUGCAACAGCGUGGCACCUUAAUGUAUUUUUCUAGUUUUUGAACAGUGGAUCUCUAAGGAACAGAGGACUAUGCUGUAUUAGGCUUUGGAUACGCAGACAGUACUUGUUAGUGGGAUCAGGUUCUUGUGGGUUUUGGUCUUUUCAUGGGAUUUGUUGACAAUAUGAAAAAUAGAACAUCACCAGACUUGAAACCCACUGUGUGUGGAAAUCAAAAAAUUCAGACUCCUGGCGCCCCCAGGUGGUAAUAUCAAAAAGAACACAGUUAAUGCCUAAUUUUUCAUUUAAAAAAAGCAAUUAUUUAUCAUAAUUGAUAAAUAUUUAUCCACAAUUUUCCAUCCUAAUUUGACAGAUGUCUUAGUUAAAAACAAUAUAUAUACAUAGUGGUUUUAAAAUGGCAGAGGUUAAACACUCGCCUUGACCUUAAAUACCAAACCUUUGGGACCCAUUCAUUUUAAAUAACUGCCUUGUUUUUAUAUGUUAGAUUCCCAACUUUACUUAGAUGAAGAUUUUUUUUUUCUCUUUUUUGACCACAACUUCAGCACAUUUCCCAUUUUACAUUCUGGCACUUAAUUACAUAUACACUGUUAGAGACUGUACAGUUGAGUGUGUUUUUACUCACAUGAUUUUAGGUUUGUUUUACAGUGGAAAACAAAACUGGUCUCUUGUCUGUUUUUUACUUCAGUUUAACCAGUUGCACUCAAAGCCAUAGACAGAGUUUAGAUACUGUAGGUUGGUCAUUGACAUUUUCAAUGGCAGCCGUGUUUGCUCCACAGUAAUCUGGCAAUAACUGGCAAUUAGGUGGAGUGAAUAUAUACAUCUGUGAGUAGUUACAGUUUGUAAUGGAGGGCAUUGUUUCAUAUGUAACAUAUUUUCAGCCAACAUGGUGUCCAGAAUACUUGCGUGGCCAAACACUUAUUACCCUUCUCACACUUUGUAGGGAUUGUUCACAAUGUACAGUAAGAUUUAUUAUGUUAGAUGAUGUUUUUUUUUUUAUUGUAACAUUAUUUUAGUCAAACCCUGUGGAACACUUACAACCAUGAACAAUCUUAUUUAAGCUAUACAGUGCCUUGACAUAACAAAGCCAAGUCAGACAACUGAAAAUAUGUUUCUACUUAUUAGUAUUGUCAUAAUGCAUUUUUCUCCUAGUCUUAACUGUCGGUUCCUGUGCUUAGUCUUACAUGGGUGCAUGUUUAUUAUCCUCUUAAAGUUUGAGCUUAAUUUGUAGUUCAUUCUGUUUUUAUUUAUAACAUUAUAUUAUGUUCUGUUUUUGUUUUCCAGUUAAUGGGAUACUGUGACAUUUUGAAUUCUGGGCUGUUAUGCUGUUUUGUCUUCAAGCAUGUGUUACAGUAUGAGUGAAAGUUAAACUAUGAGGCGGGUUGCUGACAUUGUGGAUAUUGUGGACCCUGUAUUAAAACCAUUGGAUAUGGCUGUAGAAAAAAUUGAUAAUGUUCAAAUAUUGGUACCCAUUUAAUACAGUCACUUAAAAAAUGGUCUGGCUAAUGAGAGA